GUCUUUAGCAGUGUGAGAACCCCUGUAUUUUAUAGAACACACAGAAGAUGAGACGUCACAUGGUGGGAAGGGAGCUGUCCAGACGAUGGGAACUAGAGAGAAAGGAUGCUAAGCGGGCUGAAGCCAGGCUCAGCCUGAGACUCCUCAGCCUGGAGGAGAGCCGGCUCUAUCGCAUGAACACAGUAGCCUGGGAGCAGAGGCAGCUGCAGAAAGAACUGGAGAAGCUGAGACAGGGUAACUCCAAGAAAAAGUUCUCAUCUUUUGGGGUUUUACUUGGGACUCAGAAGAAGCCAGAAAUUCCUAUGAUUCUCCAGCAGGGAGGUCAGAGGCACAGAACUGCUGAACCCGGUGGCAUUAGAAUAGAAACUCAUCUGCUCCAAACCAAGGAAUAUGAAACCUCCAAACCUAUCAAGAUACCAAGUCCGCAUCCCAUGGACUGCAUAAAGAACAAAGAAGAGGCAUUUUCUCAAAGCCCCAGGGCCUCCAGCUCUCUUGAAAGUGGACCAAAAGCCCCAAAGAGAAGCUCAAUCACAGUCGUUAACCCACCCCAGGACAGAGAUUCCAUCAACCAACCACAAGGCAUCUUGGCUGACCUCCAGAAACCCAAAGCCUUCAGCAAAGCAGAACAAGCCCCUGGUGCUCCCCCAGAUGAAAGUGAGGUGAUAGAAAUCAUGGAGGCCAGUCCUGGUGGGGGUGUUGGCCCAAAGCCUAGCAGUCAUACUGGAAAAUACGGCUCUACCCCAGGUAGAGAGAUGCCUCCCUUUGAUCCCAAAGCCUAUACUCUCUACAGCUACCUCAGGACAGUGGACACAAUGCCAACCUACUUGGAACUCUUUGCAAAGGUCAAGAAUGCCCGCUACCUCCGGCAUAGAGUACCCCCUGAAUUUGAGAGGGAGCUCAGUGUUGGAGAAAUAUUUGGACAUGAAACAUGCUUACACCCCAGAGAAGGAAGCAUGUCUGAUGAAAGUCUAAGCAUUUGAAGGGCCUCUCUGGCCUCACUUGAGUUCAGCUGACCAAUAACAUGCUAGAAUCUCUAGCUAGAUGGACCCUUAAGACAUCUUCAGUUGGAAGGAGAAAAAAACAAAAACAAGGGCAUGACACAACCCAACAUAGAAAUCCCAUAAUUCAUUUCUUCUUCUGUGCUAUAUGAAUAGAACUAGGAAGACUACUAAACUUAUCCACUACAUGAAAAAGAAGCCUUCUGAAAAACUGUGAUACUACAUAGAUGCUAAAUUAUGCUCACAGUAAGAAUCUACAUUUAGAUCUGUGCCUGAAGGGAAACAUUUUGAUUACACAUCCGCCAUGUCUGUCUUGAGGAUCUUCUGGUGCUGCCAUCUACUGGCAAGGCGACUGAACGUGCUCUCCUUAA